AUGCUGUGGCUGGCUGUCCCUGCUGAUGCUGUGCUGGCUGUGCCUGCCAUUCCUGAGAUGCCCAUACCUGCUGACGUCGUCCCAGUUCGUGUUGGUGCUGCCCCAGACUUUGGUCUGUCGGUACAGAUUUUCGACAAAAUAAGCAUGCCACGGAUAACUACUGGAAGUAGUGGUGUGACAAACGGGUGCUGUUGGUACUUCAGUGGGAACUCUAUGAAUUGGAAGGAAGAAGUUCAUCAACGUGUUCGAGAGCUGAGAAGAACUUUUCUGCAUUUGUCUGUUAAAACACCCACAGAUGUUACCUUCCGGCGUCUUGGCCCCACAUUGCUAAGAUGCUAUUUCCUUUUGUCCCCUGGUCAAGGCAGGGAAUCCACACUAUUUUAUGCAGAUAUCAAUAUAAAGACGACAUGGGGUAACCGCAUAGUUUAUCAAGAAGUUCUAGAUUCAGGACAUUCUUUCUUAUGGCGGCGGACGUCCAGAGAAGAGCAGCUCUUAAGUGAACGACGACGUAUCUCAACAUGGGGUAUUACAAAUUAUGAGUUACACCCUUCAUCUGGUACUCUAGUCUUCCCUGCAUCUUCAACCAUAUUUCAGUGUGUGCACCCAGAACAACCAAUGGGUGCUGUUAGUCCAAAGGAGCUAGUGAGUUUGUCAGGUGCGCCUCAACCCUCAGAUCUGUCCUGCUAAUCCAACCUCCUAAUUGCCUUUGCUGCUCAGUACGAUAUAUAUCUUUAUAAUACAAAAACAGGGGAAGAGAAGAGGGUCACACAUGUUCAUAGUGGUAGUGGCAGAUUAGAAUACGACCCUAAAAGUGCAGGAAUGCCUUCUUAUGUUAUGCAAGAAGAGUUUUCCCGUUAUCAGGGAUAUUGGUGGCAGCCUAUCUCUACAGG